CUCUAGAGUUGUAUCAGUCACAAAAAUGGACGACCACGAUCUGGAAUUGGAGAGAACUCGGUUGCUAAGUUUGGCCCUCGAUUUCGGGUUCGAUGAGGAAUCAGCAAAGAAGUGCUUGGAUCGUCUGGUUCAACUCUAUGGUGAGGAUGGCCAUGAUUUCAUCACUGUGGAGCACUGUGGUGAUGAUUUUCUUGCAGCCUUAGCUGAAUCAAUGCAAGAUACUGAGGAAUGGGAUGAUUUACAAGCAAUUGAGUCAGAAGCUUGUGGAACUUUGAGUAACAUUUUUGACAAAGAUGUUCUAAACAGUAAUGAAGCAGAUAAUGAUGACAAUGCAAGAAGCUACAUCAAUGUUAUAGAGGAUUCACCCGAACCUCAAAAACAUCCACAUUUUCUGGAGUUGGAUUCUUCUAGUGACAGUGAAGACUUAGACUUCAGAAUUCCAAAGAAAAAAGAUGUCAAAUCUACCCCUUCUUCCUGUGCUGAUUGGAACAGUCCUGUCUUCAUGCAAGGUUCAAGUAAAUGUGAUUCAAAAUCUGUGGAUUGUGGGAGCAGCAUCACUGAUGGUUUAAUUGCACCAGUUUCCUAUAAAAAGCAGUGCCCCCGAACAUCAAAAGAGGAACAUGAGACUCUCAAUUACGAAGAAUUACAGGCUUUGGAUGAUUUUGAAUUGGCAAAUGUCAUAAUAUUUGGUAACAGGACAUUCCGACCAUUGCAGCAUCAGGCUUGCAAAGCAGCUGUAACAAAGCGAGAUUGCUUUAUUCUUAUGCCUACCGGAGGUGGUAAAAGUCUAUGUUACCAGCUUCCAGCAACUCUGCAGCCAGGUGUUACUGUAGUUGUAUCUCCUCUACUUUCCCUCAUUCAGGAUCAAAUAAUUACUCUGAACCUCAAGUUUGGAAUACCAGCAACUUUUCUGAAUUCUCAACAAACUGCUUCCCAAGCAGCAGCUGUCCUCCAAGAGCUAAGGCAAGAUGAACCGUCAUGCAAGCUCUUGUAUGUAACUCCUGAAAGGAUUGCUGGGAACUCAUCGUUUCUUGAGAUUCUAAAACGCCUGCAUUGGAAGGGACAACUAGCUGGUUUUGUUGUUGAUGAAGCACACUGUGUGAGCCAAUGGGGACAUGAUUUUCGUCCAGAUUACCGCGGAUUAGGAUGUCUUAAGCAGAAUUUCCCAGAUGUUCCAGUGAUGGCAUUGACUGCCACAGCAACCCAGUCAGUUCGUGAGGACAUAAUAAAAGCUUUAAGAAUCCCUUGCGCUCUGGUUCUUGAAAGAAGCUUUGAUAGACCCAACUUGAAGUACGAAGUUAUUGGAAAGACCAAGGAGCCACUGAAGCAGCUUGGACAGCUUCUGCUGGAUCGUUUCAAGAAUCAGUGUGGAAUUGUAUACUGCCUGUCAAAAAAUGAAUGUGGUGAAGUGUCAAAGUUUUUGAAUGAGAAAUGCAAAAUCAAGACAGAAUAUUACCAUGCUGGUUUGGUGGCUCGCCAAAGAGUUUCUGUUCAAAAGAAAUGGCACAUGGGAGAGAUCCAUAUUGUAUGUGCUACUAUUGCUUUUGGAAUGGGAAUAGACAAACCAGAUGUUCGAUUUGUCAUCCACAAUACCAUGUCCAAGUCAAUUGAAAGCUAUUAUCAAGAAUCAGGAAGGGCUGGAAGAGAUAAUCACCCUGCGGUGUGCAUUGCUCUAUACCAGAAGAAGGAUUUUAGUCGGGUUGUAUGCAUGUUACGGAAUGGGCAAGGAUACAAAAAAGAAAGCUUUAAGAGAGCAAUGGCUCAAGCUCAGAAAAUGCAACAGUAUUGUGAACUUAAGGCUGAAUGUCGGAGACAAGCCUUACUCAAGCACUUUGGAGAGUCAUUUGAUCGAAAAGCCUGCAAAUAUGGUUCUAAUCCUUGUGAUAACUGUUUGAAGACUUCCUCCUGAGCACCUGCAUGUUUAUCUUUAUUUGCUACAGACGUAUGCCCCAUUUCAAUCUUGAUUCAGUCUACCUUCUCCUUGGGGCCACAACUCAUAUAUUGUCCUCAUGACACCCAUGGUUCAAUCAAGGACUGUUUUAUACUUGGCUUGGUGACUCUGCAUGCAAGUGGAUUUAGCUGCCCAUAUUCUUGCCCUUAAUGAUGGCGUAUAGAAUGAAACAAUUGCGUUUUACCGCAUAUCCUCAGUUCUUCUCCUUCCAAUUUUGCCCUAAGGAGGAAAUGCCAUGCUCCAGCCUUGCAAGUUCAAUGGAGGAACCACAGCCAACAUGCUCUUUGUCAAGUACAAAGUAAAAACCCAAGCAUGCAGUUUGUUUCCAGACUUCAUCUGCCACAUUCUCAGAUCUUCUGCCUCUGGGUGCAUGCGUGUGUGGUGUGUCUGUGUGUUUGAUUAAAUUUGAACCGUUCAAAAAAACUAUAGAAGAUGUACUAUAAUUUUUUUUUACAGCACCUAAAGCCAAAUCUGUUGAAUAUUUGGUCUGGACAAUUAUAUGUUGCAUGUCAGUCUGAUUUAAAAUAUUUCAUAAUCUAAAA